UAAAACACUUUAAAACACUAUGGACGGUUAGUUAGGUUAGUAUAGCUACAUUAAAAUAAACAGAGAAAUAUAAAUAUAUUUAUAUAUAUAAAUAAGACCCGAGGUUGGCCGAAGGUGAAUAUUCGGGCGUGUUCGGUCAGGGACAAAGCUUCCCGAAGUUUGGGGUGUUGUGGUCUGAAAUUUCGAUACAAGAAAGCAUGUGUCAAAUUGCGAGUGUCGACAAAUGGACUGAAUAAACAUGGAAGCUAGUAAUAAAAUUGGAAACACCCAUUCAACUGACAACCGGCCAAAUGGUGUAGCCGACAUGGACGGCAUCAUCGAGGAAGGCAGACGGAUGAGUCUCCGGAAGAAACUGAGAACGGAACAAAAUGAAUCGGAGAACAAGAGUUCCAACAACCACGUAUCGGAAAGCACGGAGAAGAUUCCCGGAAACACAGCGACCGUUCCCAGCGCCGUGCCUAAAGCGGAGACCUCGGCGCCGUGCGAUGAAGACGGCAAUCACGGUGACCUUACGGGCUUGGAAGGGGCUGCGUUUCAGAGCCGUCUACCGUACGACAAGAUGACGGAUCUGGAAGCCGGGUGCUUCGACGACCUGGACAAGACGUCGCUCAAGGUGCUGAGGACCUACCUGUACAUCAGGAACAGGUUGCUGCAGCUGUGGCUGGAGAACCCCAAGCAGCAACUGGUGUUCGAGAAAGCCCUGAAGCACAUCGAGGGUCCGUACAACAGCGACAAGCAGCUGGUGUAUCGCAUCCACGCCUACCUGGAGCGACACGGCUGCAUCAACUUCGGGGUGUUCAAGCGCGUGAAGAGCCUGCCCCAGAAGAAGCUGGGCAAGGUGAUAGUCAUCGGGGCGGGCAUCGCGGGGCUGGCUGCCGCACGCCAGUUGCUGCACUUUGGCAUGGAGGUGGUCGUCCUGGAGGCGAGAGACCGCGUGGGGGGACGCAUCGCCACCUUCCGCAAGUCCUCUUACGUGGCCGACCUGGGCGCCAUGGUGGUCACGGGCCUGGGGGGCAACCCCAUCGCCGUGCUCUCCAAGCAGAUCAACAUGGAGCUGCACAAGAUACACCAGAAGUGCCCGCUGUAUGACUCCACAGGCGUGGUUGUGCCCAAAGAGAUGGACGAGCUGGUCGAACGAGAGUUCAACCGUUUAUUGGAGACCACUAGCUAUCUCUCGCACGAGAUGAAGUUCAACACCGUAGGAGGAAAGCCUGUGUCUCUCGGGCAGGCUCUCGAGUGGGUAAUAAAACUACAAGAAAUCAACGUGAAGCGGAAGCAGAUUCAACACUUGAAGACUGUGACAGACUUGCAAGAGAAGCUGAAAGGCAAUCAGCAGCAGUUGCUGGCGUUGAAAGAGAAGAUAGUUCAACUUCACAAGCUGCAGAAGGAAAGCGGUGACUGCAAGGCCACGAAGGACAUCACACAGGACUUCUCGAUGCGCUCCAUCCAGCGAGACCUCGGCAAGACGUGCCAGGAGUGGGACGCCCUCCUGGAGCAACAAAGGGAGAUCGAGGGCAAGUUGCAGGAGAUGGAGUCGUCGCCGCCCAGCGACGUGUACCUCUCGUCUCGCGACCGCCAGAUCCUGGACUGGCACUUUGCCAACCUGGAGUACGCCAACGCCACGCCGCUCACCAACCUGUCCCUGGAGAACUGGGACCAGGACGAUGACUUCGAGUUCACGGGCAGCCACCUGGCGGUGCGUAAUGGCUACGCGUGCGUGCCGUACGCGCUGUCCGAGGGCCUGGAUGUGCGGCUGCAGCACGCCGCGAGGCAGGUGCGCUACGGGAAGGACGGCGUGGAAGUUACCACCAGCAACGCGCGGACGGGCACGGGUCCCGCCACGUUCCGUGCGGACGCGGUGCUGGUGACUCUGCCCCUGGGCGUGUUGAAGGUGGCGGUGGACGGCACGGGCCAGACCCAGAACGUGGUGCAGUUCUCACCGCCGCUGCCGGACUGGAAAACACAGGCCAUACGUAGCCUGGGCUACGGCAACCUGAACAAGGUGGUGCUGUGCUUCGACCGCGUGUUCUGGGACCCCAACACGCACCUGUUUGGCCACGUGGGCAGCACCACGCCCAGCCGAGGAGAGCUGUUCCUCUUCUGGAACCUGUACCGCACGCCCGUGCUGCUCACUCUGGUGGCCGGUGACGCAGCGGCCAUCAUGGAGAACGUAAGCGACGACGUGAUAGUGGGGCGCUGCGUGGCCGUGCUCAAGGGCAUUUUCGGCAGUGCCGUGCCCAGUCCCAAGGAGACCGUGGUGACGCGCUGGUCGGCCGACUCCUGGUCGCGCGGCUCCUAUUCUUACAUGGCGGUCGGCUCCUCCGGCAAGGACUACGACACGCUGGCCACGCCUGUGGCCGCGCCUGCCGAGGCAGGGGUUCCCUCCGUGUCCCCGACCGUGUUCUUCGCGGGUGAGCACACCAUCAAGAACUACCCCGCCACGGUUCACGGAGCCUUCCUCAGCGGCCUGCGUGAGGCAGCGCGCAUCGCCAAUCAGCUGACGGGCGUCCCGUACUCUCCCACCAGCGCCGCUGCACGCAACUAGCUCACUCACAUCUUUUUAUAAACAUCAUGAACCAAGUUUUAUAUGGAGUCUGAGUUUGUCCUAAAAACUGUAUUUUUGUUCAUUCGGAACUGUUGUCAUGCUUGAUUUCAUUAGGGUUAUCCAUAAUUAUUCUUGCCUUUUAGCUGGUAGGUAUUACUUUUAAUGUGCAUAAUUUUACAAACAAAAAAAUAAUAAUUUUUGCCCCAUAUUCAUGUUCAUACAGUUGUUAACAAAGUGAGUUGAGUGUUUUUGUAUUGUGAUGUACCUAUUGCUCUUUCAUGUAUUAGUGUUUAUACUUUCUUUUAAUUUUUUUGUUAUUUUAAUUUUAUCUAGAAAUUUUGGAUUACAAGGUGUAAGUAUUUUUCCAACCCGUUGCAGAUCUUUACCAAAAGCCCAUAACAGCCAGAAGGAAUAAACAAUCUUUUGACUGGAGUGACUUCAGCCAUCAGUUAUUAUCCCGCUCCACGAAUGUCAUCUUCAACAGGUUACAACUGCAGGGAGCUAGAACCUAGGCAGUGUUGCUCCAAAACAUUUGACACUGAAGCUGUAUAUAGACCAACAUGGGGAUUCAGUACAUUUGGAUUUCUCAUUGCACAUUUUUAUCAACGUUAGGUAUAGUAAAGUAGUUACAUUUUUAUAAACAUAGUUUGUUAUAAAAAAAAUUGGGUCUAGUGCAGGCAUGUAUAAAGAAAAUGCAUUUUGUGGGAGAAUAAUUAAUUUGAAAGUCACUUACAGAGGCUUAAGCAUAAUUUUGAAACUGAGAUUCUUAAAUUCUGGGUAUUGCAAAUCUUUAGUUAAUAGUGACGCAGUUGUCAGAGUUAUUUUUCCUGAAAAUUUUGAAUAUUAUCAAUUGUUAUUAUUUUAAUAUUAGUUUUUGUUAUAAACAUAUCUGUGUGAUUAUGAUGAUGGACAGCAUUUUUUUGUGUAUUGAAGUCUUACAAAAUGAAUCAUUGACUGUCCAUGUUGUCAGCCUCUCUCACUUCAAACCACUUUGAAGCAAUAUCAUUCUUAAAAACAUAAUUGCAAGAUAGCAGUUAGGUUCAUCUUUAAAGAAUGUUCCGAGUUGAACUUCACAGGGUCACAACCAGUACAGUUGUGUAUGUGGCAGCCCUGAUGCUACCCUGGGCCUCAUUGCUGUUCCAUCACGGCAACAGCAGGCAGAAAAAGCCGUGCUAAAAAUUUAUUUUGUUAACAGUACCAAUUUUACUAGAUUAGAGUGAAAGUUAACUGCUUGUGAAGGAAGGGUAGUAUACGCGAAGUAGUGUAAUUGAGUGAAGAAAAUGCAAACUGAAAUAAAAAUAUCCAAAGUUGAA